GGCAGGAAUGUAUUGUUGUAGUUAGCCCUGUCUGCAGAUAGGGAGAUUCCAGUUCUUCAUCCACCCAAACAAAUCCAACAAGCUGAUAGUGGAGACACAACCAGGCGUUCCCCCGCCGCACUGUCUGGUGCCCUGCCCUGCCCGGAGCCUCCACGGUCAAUGCCAAAUGCAAUCGUUCCUGGGAGCAGCAGAAGAGACGUCUAUCCACCCCGACGGGACUAACCUAUUUAAUAACCCUGAAUAGAAGAAAUAAGCCUGGAUGGAUACGUUGUUAAGACAAAGACUUAAUGGGCAUAGUCAACAUGGAAUUUGGAUUUGACGGACCUUUGUAAAAAAAUAUAUAAAUAAAUACUUAACGUUAGCUAGCUAGCUUGGAAGGUUAGCUAUCAAGGCUGCCUAACAUUAGCAAAGGAGCUAGCUAGCUAACGUUAGCUAGUUACCUUGAAAGGGGAAAAUACGGCAAAGUUGGACUUCUGUGGGCAAAAGGCCUGGGUUUGUUCCCCAACAAGUUUCUGUUAACAUAGUUAGCUACCUAUAGUAACGCUACCAGUGUAUUGUUAAUGUUAGUUCGGUAACUUAGCAUAGCUAAUUUGCAGCUAACGUUGUGUCAACUAGCUGGCUAACGUUAGCUGUCGUAAACUGACAUACUAAUAUGUCUUAGCUAGCUAUUAGCAGGACAAUCUGACGCCGUCUUAUCACUAAGAUUCAUUUUCAAUGUGUUGUUCCAUACUGGACACUUCAGUUCAAGUUAUUGAGCUGACGUGAAAGAGAACGAGGUGUAUUAAAGACAUAGUUAAGUUUGGAGGAGCGGAGGUCCCAAGUUAAAUCAAAUGAACAACAGAGUGAAGUCAAUGGCGGUGCUGAAGCAAAUCAUCACGACGCUGGCGUUUGGGCUGUACGUGCUGGUCCUCCCUCCGGUCACCGAAUGAACACCGCCUCCCCCCCUCAGCUGACCAGCAGAAGGAGAGGCAGUGUGCCUUCACUGAGCAGCAGCAGGAGAUGGAGCGCGUGGCGGUAGGAGAGGGACGGGUUUCUCCUGAGAACACUACUAUCCACUGCUCUAAAGGAUCCCACUGCUUCGGCCUCUGGGAGAAGAGUCCUCCUGGAGACGUUAGGCUGGUCAAACAAGGUUGUUGGACUCACCUUGGCGACCAGCAGGAGUGUCGGGGCGACCGUUGCGUGGUAACCAACCUGCCUCCUCAGAUCCAGAAUGGGACGUAUCACUUCUGCUGCUGUAGUACGGACAUGUGUAACGUCAACUUCACUGAGGACUUUCCCCUGCCCAGUCCCACUACAGCCCAGCCUCUAUACCACCAGUUGCAGUGUGAAGAGACCAUAGUCAUCUCCUUGGCUAUUGUCUCUGUGCUGGCUGUCAUCAUCUUCGCCGUCUUCUUCGGUUACCGCAUGAUGCACAGAGGUGGUAAACAGGGCCUUCAUAAUCUCAACAUGUUGGAGGGAGCUGGUUCUGAGAGCUCUCUGGACCUGGAUAACCUCAAACAACUGGAGCUGAUAGGUCGAGGCCGGUACGGCUCGGUGUUCUGUGGUUCGUUGGACGAGCGACAGGUGGCUGUGAAGGUGUUCAGCUCAGCCAAUCGGCAGAACUUCCUGAACGAGUGUUCCAUUUAUUGUCUCCCCCUGCUGGAGCAUGACAACAUCGCACGCUUCAUCGCUGCCGACGAACGGCUGGGGGCCGAGGGCCGAGUGGAGUACCUUCUGGUCAUGGAGUACUACCCCCACGGCUCUUUGUAUUGCUACUUGGGCCUGCAGACAGGAGACUGGAUGAGUAGCUGUCGUCUGGCCCAUUCCAUCACCAGAGGCCUGGCGUACCUGCAUACUGAACUGCUUAAAGGAGACUUCUAUAAGCCAGCUGUGUCUCACAGAGAUCUGAACAGUCGGAACAUUCUGGUGAAGAACGACGGAACGUGUGUCAUCAUCGACUUUGGCCUCUCCAUGAAGUUGACGGGGAACCGGCCGUUACGGCAGGGAGAGGAGGAGAACGCUGCCAUCAGUGAGGUGGGAACGAUCCGCUACAUGGCCCCAGAGGUUCUGGAGGGGGCGGUGAACCUGAGGGACUGUGAGUCGGCUCUGAAGCAGGUGGACAUGUACGCCCUGGGCCUCGUCUACUGGGAGACCUUCAUGAGGUGUACUGACCUCUUCCCAGGAGAUUCGGUCCCAGACUUCCAGGUAGCGUUUCAGGCCGAGGCAGGGAACCACCCCUCCUUUGAGGACAUGCAGGUCCUGGUGUCCAGAGAGAAACAGAGACCCAAGUUCCCUGAGGCCUGGAAGGAGAACAGCCUGGCGGUGCGUUCCCUGAAGGAGACCAUGGAGGACUGCUGGGACCAGGAUGCUGAGGCCAGACUGACCGCUCAGUGUGCAGAGGAGCGAAUGGCUGAACUGCUACAGAUCUGGGACCAGACCAAGUCUGUCAGCCCCACACUCAACCCUACUGGCUGUACCACCCUGUUCAAUGAUAGAAACCGCAUGGGGCCCAAGUCCGGCCCUGACCCUGCCUACAUCGAGGAGCAGGAAGGCGUGGCUAAGAACACACAGAGCGACGCCUCCUCCGCUGUGAGUGGCCGGACGAGAGAUGGAGGCGUGUCGGGAGAGAAGAACAGGAACUCCAUUAACUACGAGCGGCAGCAGGCGGCUCACGCCCGUCUCCCCGGCAGCCCCUCCUCCUCCUCCGCCCUCACCACCAUGACCGUCAUCUCAGAGUCCAGCCAGGGUCAUGACCCCAACCUCCACCUGACCCUGACCCAGGAGGAUCUGGAGACCACCAAGCUGGACCCCAGGGAGGUGGAUAAGAACCUGAAGGAGAGUUCUGAUGAGAACCUGAUGGAACACAGCCAGAAGCGGUUCUGUUCUGCGGACCUGCUGAGCCCCGCCUCCUCCUCCCUGCUCUUCCCCUUCAUCAAGAUGGCUGCCGAGGCGUCUCCCGCCGCCGUGUUCCCUCUCCCCAAGCAGCAGAACCUCCCCAAACGACCCUCCAGUCUGCUGCUCCGCACCAAGCCGCCCAAGAAAGACUCAUCCUCUCUGAGGUUUAAAUUCGGUCGCCACGGCAAGUCCAACCUACGACAGGUAGAGGGCGGAGCUAAGACCAACGCCGUGUCCAACGUCGCCGCCGUCUCCGAGCCCCGCCGGGUCAGCGCCACCAACAACCUGCUGGUCCUACGGGACCUCUCCGUGGCCGGGGCCUUGCCAUCAGGGGGCGCCAGCAGCACGGUGGGGCCUCCUCUAACUCAGAGCACCAACCCCCAGAGCUCUGAGGACGGCCAGCUGGGGCUGAUCACUGCCAGCCCAGACGAACACCAACCCCUGCUGAGCAGAGAGACGGGACAAGCAGACGUCCGCUCCUCUAACGCACGGCCCAACAACAACAACAACAACGACAACGGACUGGUCCUGGGGGAGGGGGAGAGUGACGGGGGAGGAGAGGAAGAGGAGGAGGGAGGAAGUACCAGUGGAGAGACCCCCUGCUCCCUGGGCGAGAGCUCUGUGUCUGGCUCCUUGUCUGGACCUGACCACAACCCUGUCCCCAUGAGAGGUGAAGCCCUGCUCAGGCAGCCUAAAGGAGGCCGGCGGCCGGAGAGACCCAACUCCCUGGACCUGUCCUUCACCACCAGAGACCUGGUCUCACUGGGGGAGGUCCAGAACCAGGGAACAGGGGAGAAGAUUAAGAAGCGUGUGAAGACUCCGUACUCCCUGAAGCGCUGGCGACCCGCCACCUGGGUCAUCUCCACGGAUACCAGGGGGUCAGAGGUGAACAACAACAAGGGUCAGGGCCGACCCAAGUCCAGCUCCGCUGUCUAUCCCACCUCUGAACCCAGCGACACCCGCCUCUGAACUCUGACCUUCAGAGGGACAACACAGACACUAGUGUUGCUAUGACAACAGACCGUGAAGCGUUUCCUGGGUAACAGCAGUCGGUUGUGUCCAGUUUCUGUCUCUCGCUUUGCGUCUGUUGAUGACUCUGCUUUAUAUUGAAUCCAGCUAUGCAGCGAUCUCUGCCUGGUGGUUUCAUUUGUCUGUGUGUAUAACGAGCGAUCUCUGCCUCGUGGUUUCAUUUGUCUGUGUGUAUAACGAGCGAUCUCUGCCUCGUGGUUUCAUUUGUCUGUGUGUAUAACGAGCGAUCUCUGCCUCGUGGUUUCAUUUGUCUGUGUGUAUAACGAGCGAUCUCUGCCUCGUGGUUUCAUUUGUCUGUGUGUAUAACGAGCGAUCUCUGCCUUGUGGUUUCAUUUGUCUGUGUGUAUAACGAGCGAUCUCUGCCUCGUGGUUUCAUUUGUCUGUGUGUAUAACGAGCGAUCUCUGCCUCGUGGUUUCAUUUGUCUGUGUGUAUAACGAGCGAUCUCUGCCUCGUGGUUUCAUUUGUCUGUGUGUAUAACGAGCGAUCUCUGCCUGGUGGUUUCAUUUGUCUGUGUGUAUAACGAGCGAUCUCUGCCUCGUGGUUUCAUUUGUCUGUGUGUAUAACGAGCGAUCUCUGCCUCGUGGUUUCAUUUGUCUGUGUGUAUAACGAGCGAUCUCUGCCUGGUGGUUUCAUUUGUCUGUGUGUAUAACGAGCGAUCUCUGCCUCGUGGUUUCAUUUGUCUGUGUGUAUAACGAGCGAUCUCUGCCUGGUGGUUUCAUUUGUCUGUGUGUAUAACGAGCGAUCUCUGCCUCGUGGUUUCAUUUGUCUGUGUGUAUAACGAGCGAUCUCUGCCUGGUGGUUUCAUUUGUCUGUGUGUAUAACGAGCGAUCUCUGCCUCGUGGUUUCAUUUGUCUGUGUGUAUAACGAGCGAUCUCUGCCUCGUGGUUUCAUUUGUCUGUGUGUAUAACGAGCGAUCUCUGCCUGGUGGUUUCAUUUGUCUGUGUGUAUAACGAGCGAUCUCUGCCUGGUGGUUUCAUUUGUCUGUGUGUAUAACGAGGUUUAGUCGUCUACUCCAGGUGAGGUUUAGUCGUCUACUCCAGGUGAGGUUUAGUCGUCUACUCCAGGUGAGGUUUAGUCGUCUACUCCAGGUGAGGUUUAGUCGUCUACUCCAGGUGAGGUUUAGUCGUCUACUCCAGGUGAGGUUUAGUCGUCUACUCCAGGUGAGGUUUAGUCGUCUACUCCAGGUGAGGUUUAGUCGUCUACUCCAAGUGAGGUUUAGUCGUCUACUCCAGGUGAGGUUUAGUCGUCUACUCCAGGUGAGGUUUAGUCGUCUACUCCAGGUGAGGUUUAGUCGUCUACUCCAGGUGAGGUUUAGUCGUCUACUCCAGGUGGAGUCUCAUUCUGUGACCGCGAGGGAGGGCACUGCUCUGGAAACAGUCAUAUUAUCUGCUCUGUCGUUCAGCACCUGUAAGGAGUUGGUCUCCAGGACGAUGGUCUUAAAGACACAUCGAUCCACUGUUUUCAUGCUCUGUGUAUUUGAUUAUGUAUCAUGAUUUAAACUGUGCAAUGGGAUACAGCUUUUAGGUGCUUUCAUAUGUUUUUAACACUUUUCUUGUUUCAUUUUUUUAAAUAUUAUCUCUGUGUUGCGAUUAUAAAUGGACACCAAGUCAAUGUUUUAUUCAGUCUGGAAACAGUCCAUCAGACUACAAACCCUCUCCUCAAAUCAAACAACUGAAGUACUACCCAGAGUUGUAAUGUUAGUGGGCUCUCUCUCUUUACUGGGACUCUGGGACUACAAUCACCAGACAGGACUGGGACUACAAUCACCAGACAGGACUGGGACUACAAUCACCAGACAGGACUGGGACUACAAUCACCAGACAGGACUGGGGGGGACUACAAUCACCAGACAGGACUGGGGGGGACUACAAUCACCAGACAGGACUGGGACUACAAUCACCAGACAGGACUGGGGGGAACUACAAUCACCAGACAGGACUGGGGUAACUACAAUCACCAGACAGGACUGGGACUACAAUCACCAGACAGGACUGGGGGGACUACAAUCACCAGACAGGACUGGGGGAACUAGAAUCACCAGACAGGACUGGGACUACAAAUACCAGACAGGACUGGGACUACAAUCACCAGACAGGACUGGGACUACAAUCACCAGACAGGACUGGGACUACAAUCACCAGACAGGACUGGGACUACAAUCACCAGACAGGACUGGGGGGGGACUACAAUCACCAGACAGGACUGGGGGGACUACAAUCACCAGACAGGACUGGGGGGGGAACUACAAUCACCAGACAAGACUGGGGGGAACUACAAUCACCAGACAGGAUUGGGGGGAACUACAAUCACCAGACAGGACUGGGGGGACUACAAUCACCAGACAGGACUGGGGGAAUUACAAUCACCAGACAGGACUGGGGGAAUUACAAUCACCAGACAGGACUGGGACUACAAUCACCAGACAGGACUGGGGGGGUCUACAAUCACCAGACAGGACUGGGACUACAAUCACCAGACAGGACUGGGACUACAAUCACCAGACAGGACUGGGACUACAAUCACCAGACAGGACUGGGACUACAAUCACCAGACAGGACUGGGACUACAAUCACCAGACAGGACUGGGAGGACUACAAUCACCAGACAGGACUGGGGGGACUACAAUCAACAGACAGGACUGGUGGGAACUAUAAUCACCAGACAGGACUGGGGGGACUACAAUCACCAGACAGGACUGGGACUACAAUCACCAGACAGGACUGGGGGGACUACAAUCACCAGACAGGACUGGGGGGACUACAAUCACCAGACAGUACUGGGACUACAAUCACCAGACAGGACUGGGACUAUAAUCACCAGACAGGACUGGGGGGAACUACAAUCACCAGAGACCACUGGUACUACAAUCACCAGACAGGACUGGGACUACAAUCACCAGACAGGACUGGGACUACAAUCACCAGACAGGACUGGGACUACAAUCACCAGACAGGACUGGAGGGACUACAAUCACCAGACAGGACUGGAGGGACUACAAUCACCAGACAGGACUGGAGGGACUACAAUCACCAGACAGGACUGGGGGGGACUACAAUCACCAGACAGGACUGGGACUACAAUCACCAGACAGGACUGGGAGGACUACAAUCACCAGACAGGACUGGGGGGACUACAAUCACCAGACAGGACUGGGGGGACUACAAUCACCAGACAGGACUGGGGGGACUACAAUCACCAGACAGGACUGGGACUACAAACACCAGACCGGACUGGGACUACAAUCACCAGACAGGACUGGGGGGACUACAAUCACCAGACAGGACUGGGGGGAACUACAAUCACCAGACAGGACUGGGACUACAAUCACCAGACAGGACUGGGGGGACUACAAUCACCAGACAGGACUGGGGGGAACUACAAUCACCAGACAGGACUGGGGGGACUACAAUCACCAGACAGGACUGGGGGGGACUACAAUCACCAGACAGGACUGGGGGGGACUACAAUCACCAGACAGGACUGGGGGGACUACAAUCACCAGACAGGACUGGGGGGACUACAAUCACCAGAGACCACUGGGAUUCUGGGACUACAAUUACCAGAGACCACUGGGAUUCUGGGACUACAAUCACCAGAGACCACUGGGAUUCUGGGACUACAAUCACCAGAGACCACUGGGAUUCUAGGACUACAAUCACCAGAGACCACUGGGAUUCUGGGACUACAAUCACCAGACAUGGCUGGGAUUCUGGGACUACAAUCACCAGAGACCACUGGGAUUCUGGGACUCCAAUCACCAGAGACCACUGGGAUUCUGGGACUACAAUCACCAGAGAACACUGGGAUUCUGGGACUACAAUCACCAGAGACCACUGGGAUUCUGGGACUCCAAUCACCAGAGACCACUGGGAUUCUGGGACUACAAUCACCAGAGACCACUGGGAUUCUGGGACUCCAAUCACCAGAGAACACUGGGAUUCUGGGACUACAAUCACCAGAGACCACUGGGAUUCUGGGACUACAAUCACCAGAGACCACUGGGAUUCUGGGACGACAUCAAGAGAAGCAGGAUGCAUCUGUUCAGAAAUGGACGAACAGCAACACCUCACUCUUUCAACAGAAAAACUCUGAUUCCCACAAUUCUGUCUGCUCGGAAUCCAACUCUUUUAAAGCGAUCCUUCUGAAUCAUGCUGGAACUGUUGACCCUGUCUUGUGAAUCUGUACCAUGUGGACUAUGGACAUGUCAGCGAGCAGAUGCAGGGUGCAGUGGGUCUAGGCCAUGCAGGCCCUGAAGUGUGUCAGGGACUGUCUGUUUCAGAGGAUCAAAUUAGCUUUCUGUUUUGGUAUCUUGCAUUUGUCUGAGAAAUAUAUGUUUGUGUAUUGCAACAACAACAGAAACGGGCCUAUGCUAUGUUAAUUUGAUGAACACUACAGGUUUGACACAAAACAAAAACAUUUUAAUAAAUGUAUGAAACACA